GUCACACCAGCAAGCCGGUAACUUCAUACCUUCAAUCCCUAUAUUUCUGAGGGCACAGUCCGAGUCGCAUGCAAUCUACACCCCAGCCGGACAUUAUCCAACAAAAUUAGCCGAUAAAAUAUUCAGCAGGUGGGGUGCUAAGAUUUCACUGGUCCAGUAACCGAAACAUUGGGCAUCUCAGACAGAUCACCUGUCACGUGAAAGAUUUUACUAUCUCUGGUUUGAAGGAGAGAAAGGACAAUAAAACCGGUCGAGGAAACCUUGACUCUAUUGGGCGAAUAAAAUUGAGAACAGGAGGGAUUUGAGAAUUCGGACAGCACACGGUGAUCAUGAUCAAACUGGAUAGAAGAUCAACAAACAAAUGUAAGGGAGAACGAAUUUUAAGGGAGAGCAUUACAUUGUUUUUCUGUUUACCUUUUUACAAUUAAUCCCGCUGUUUAAUUAGUUGAAUACGAGUCCCAUUAAUCUACUAUACCAUUACACCAUUUUCCAAGGUUAUCAAUAUUAUCUUUACUUAUCCCUAUAUUCAACAAGUAUGCAUUUGUGAGGUGUAAAAAAUAACUUAAGAUGUAGAAAUUCACACAUUUUUAUCCUUAGCUCACUGUCAGACAGCACAAAGAAAGUGUACUGAAAUGAGGGAAAAAAACAAUGUUUCCCUCUUUCUUCUUUAUUUGCAAUGGUUGCCAUAGCUUUGCUUUGUCUAAAACAGAAUUAUGAUAUAAUUUGCUAAAUCUUUUACGUAGGUUUAAAAGAAACCGUAGCAUUUCAUGAAUAAAAAAUGUUUAUGUGUUAUAUUGAAUGGCAUAAAUUCCAUUUAAAAAGUGUACGAUUUAAGCUUUUAUUCACUUCCAUUAAGUCAACAGUCAUUGGCUGUCACCUUUUUGUGCUCAAAGUCCUAAUUUGUCUAAUUCUGAAACAAAGAAAAAGAAAACCUUUUCAGCUAAAAAUUGUCUGGGCGUAUGCAGGACUACCCUAAGGAAGACACGAUUCAGUGAGUUUUCACUAUACAUGUCGCCUUCUUUAUAAAAAUUUUAAAGGAACUCUGACAUAAAUUGAUGCUGCAAUGAUGCUGUUUUUCUUUAGCACUACAGGAGAGAACAAUGAUUAUAAUAGUAAGUAGUUACUAAGAAAAGUGGGCUUGUUGCUAGUACGUCCUGGGGUUUAGAUGUUUAGAUGUUAAAAUAAGCAAUGGGAUUAAUUUUAUUCACCUUGGGUAAAAGGCAGAGUUCCCUUGUUACUGAGAUGAUGCCACAAGAACCUUAUCUACUGGUUUAUCUCACAGGUAAUGAAUGGUUUAAAGGAACACUAUUGGGUCAUGAACACAAACAUGUAUUCCUGACCCUAGAGUGUUAAAACCACCAUCUAGCCCAUCUUUAUCCUCCCAUGCCUCCCUAAAUAUAGUAAACUCGUACAUGUAUUCAAGUCUGCAGCUGCUGGCUCUGCCUCUGAACUGCCUGCAUGUCUGACAUCAUCAGAAGUGAUUUUAUUUUUAUUUUUAAUUCUUUCUUUUAUUAAGGCAUAUGUGAUGGGUACAGAAUAAAGAAAGGGAAAUGCAUGGGUGUUUUACAGGGUUAGGGUUAAGACAGGGAAAGCAUUGUUUGAUUACAUUUCCAGAGAAUUAAUGCCUCAUUUUUAUUUUUUGUAUGUCGAUUAACGCUAGCGUUUUAUAAACAGGUUGAAAUAAGAUACAAGUCAGCUGUCUUUAGCUAGUAGCAUUAUUAGACUGAUAACAGGUUGAAUCUAAACGUACAGGUGCAUACACAUUGAGCUGGCGAUGGGCAAGCUAACUGUGUAGGUUGAUAUAGUGGCUGUUUAUCUCCCUUCCCUGCAGAGCCACCCUGUGCAGCGGUAAGACUAGGUAUAGUGAGGUUUGCCGGAUGCCAUUAACGUGAACCUAGGUGGGGGACAAGAGGAUAGCUUACUCAUUGCUUUUAGGUCCAUAAUUUUAGCAGUCCAACGUCCCACAUGUGAGGGUAAGUCCAAAUUCAAAUGCCUGAAAUGGCCACCGGCAGUAGGUUUGAGGUGUCAUGUCCCUCCAUUAUCGAUUCAUCAGUGCAGUUGCGGCAUAUGGUGGAGUGUGGUAACGGGGAGUGUGGCUGAUGUGGUCGAUGGAGUCAGCCGAUACCUUUGCUGGGCUUCCUGGGAGGCGGCACCUGGGGGUACAGGUGCACGUCCCUCCCCCGCAGUGGCUGGUAGGGCGCUAGCUUGGGCGUGUGGUCCUCCGCCACCAUGUUUCAAGCAGGGAGUUGGCCGCUUGGUGUCAUCGAUGUGUGUGGCAUCUUGUAAGCCAGGUCGGUGUGGGCCGGGAUAACCCCCACCGGUCCAUAAGGGGGGGAACGUGGGCUCUGCAGAUUGUCAGCCGAGUGUGGUGGCGGCGGGAGAGUGGCCGUCUCCCCCGGGCCGCCCAUGCGUGUAGGCCGCAUGUGAUGGCCGAGCAGUAUCGGGCGGGAUAUCCACUUGUGUGGCAUCAUUAUGAUGGUCUCAGGCUCCCCUGACGAAUGUCAGCUCGUGUGUGUCUAGUUUAGAUGGCUGUGCAGGUAAAUGUGGUUUAAUUUCUCGUUUGUGGCAGGAGCUGAUGUUGCCUGCGUCCGCUCAGCUCAGCGGCCAGGCCCCGCCCCCAUCAGAAGUGAUUUUGUGAGCCAAUCACAAUGCUUUCCCACAGGAUUGGCUGACUGUCUAGGAGGCAGAGCCAGCACAAGUCAAACACUGCCCUGGCCAAUCAGCAUUUCAUCAUAGAGAUAUAAUGAAUCAAUACAUCUCUAUGAGGUAAGUUUAGUUUCUGCAUGCAGAGGGUGGAUACACUGAAUGGCAGUACUGCACAUUGCGCAGCACUGCCCCAGAAAACACCUCUAGUAGCCAGUUUUUGCAGCAAAAAGGGAAUGAUUAUACACACCAGAACAAAUACAAUAAGCUGUAGUUGCUUUGGUGACUAUAGUGUCCAUUUAAUAUAAUGUACAACAAAAGGCCAUGUCACAGACAUUCUGAAUAAGCUGAAAGAUAGUAUGACAGUUUUACAGCAGAUAUGGAAAAGGCCUGAUUGUGAAGGAAUAAAUGUUCUCAGUAUUCUCUUGCGUCCCGCUUUUUGCUCUCCAUAGGUUUAAAGGGUAAUCCAGACGUGGACCCCUUGCUGACGGUGCCUAGAGAGAUAUCAGCUAUGCUUCACUGAGGAUGCCUAACAAGGCUGAAACGAUCGUCUGGAGUUGCUGUGUCUCUCGUGCAGAGGGAACCUGUUGGUAUUUCGGAUCUGGGCUGCCCGUAUGGGUGGGACCAGUCUGAUAUGUUUCAGAGAUGUUCUCUCUGUAAUAGCACAAGAUGAGCUAAAACCAGCUGGAAAUCUGAGCGAGGACCCACUGAAGGGCAGGCUAUUUCAGCAGCUGCCCGUUCUCAGUAUUCUCUUGCGCCCCGUUUUUUGCUCUCCAGAUAUGGAAAAGGCCUGAUUGUGAAGGAAUAAAUGCCUUUUUCUGAAGUUAAGGAUGACACAUCACCAAAAUGAAAAAAAAAAAAAAAAAAACACAUUCAAUUGUCAGAGCCUAACAAUACACUCAAUAUACUGUAUUAUAUUUAAAAUAUUAAAAUGGUCUGUUGUUUUUAAGAUAUCUUUACAAGUAUAGUGCAGUUUUUACCUGAUAUUUUUAAAUUUAACCCAUUCCCCCAGUUUGAAAAAAACAAACAAAAAAAAAAAAAACAGGUCAGCUGCAUGCAGGGAAUUAUAUACACAAAUCUCCUAAAAAGGCCGAGCUCUUAACAUGGCUUCUAGAUAAUAACACAUGAUACACUGAUAAGUGAAAAGUAUGUAUGUUUUUAGUUGGAGGUCUCUGUGCUAUGUACACAUUUUGGUGUGGAGUAAUACAGAACUAUACAGUGUGUGGUUAACAGUUACAGUGUGUGGUUAUUUAAACCUGUGUGCAAGGUGUGAAUAGGUGUGGUUUUGUAAGAUCUAAAGAUUCUUCCUCUUUGUAGUUAUUUUAAACAACAUUGCAAAUUCGUCAGCUUUUGUCCACUAGUUUUUUAUUAAAGGUUUCCUUAUUAAAGGAUAAAAAAAAAAAUCUGGGUCUUAUUUUAUCGUCCUGACUAAUCGUCAGUUCUGAAGCUGUGUACGAGGCAAUUAUUUACGCAGACAUGGCUUUGUGGUUACUAUUAAAAAUAACAAGUUGGUUAUCAUGUUCUUAUACAUUAUUUACCCCAAAAGUUUCAUAACCCCAUUUUGGUCGUAAAUGAAUCACUGUCACAGCAGUGUGUCCCUUGCAGUGAUGAAAUAGUUCUCUGAUCUCGGAAUAUAUUUCCCAUGUGAUUCAUUUAGAAUUUUCAAGGUUUCAUAGAAUUGUCUUUUUCUUUAAAAAUGUUCCACUUCUGGAGCGAACUUCAAUGUUAGUGAGCACUGGGUGUGUUAAUACUGUAAAAUCUGUUAAAAAGCAAACUGCAACAUAUGACAUCAAUUUCAUUUUUCAAAUUAUAAAGGAACAUGUUCUACAGUUCUGUAUAAUAAGGGAUUACUACUAGAAAAAACAAAAGAUGUCCAUGGCUUUGCCCAAACAAUCUUGCAUUCUAAAGUCGAGUGUACAGUAUAUAAUAAAACAAAAGAUAAUAUGUCUGAGAUAUAACAUAAAUAUAUCAUGGCAUUAGCAUGAGUUAGUAGGUUGAAAGGUGUUAGAACAUACAGUGUACUAAUAUACUAUGUGCAAUGAAAUGAAUUUUAGUAGAGAGAAAAAUGAAGACGUUAUCUGAUGCAGGUUCCUAAAUAAGUGGGUAAAUACCCCAAAUAGUGGGGAAAGCUCUUCAAUCAAUAUCUGAACAUAGAUAUGUCCUUACACACACAAAUUAAUCAAAACAAAUGUGUACUGCGGUUAGCUGCACUCACACCAAAGUGAAACACACAAAUUAAACACCAAAAAUAAGUGGCCUGCUGCUACAAAUACUUCAAUAAAUGAUUCUUCCCAGACCUGUCAAUAAUUAUAUAUACACAUAAUAGCACAGACCACCUGAAAUAAGUGUAUACACAUUAGUGCAAAAAAGAAUGUGGGUCCAACUCACACACUAGAGCCCUAUCAAUUCUGGCUGUGGAUAAUCCUGGCUCCACUUGAGAGGGAGAAGUCCCACAAUUGUCAGUUCACCAGCCACACUUUAUCUUCAGCUGGGAUCUUUAGGCAGAUAGAGACCAGAAUAAAACAGAACCCAGUGACACAGUACCAAUGAAAAUAUUUAUUAGACACAAAGUUAAAAAGCAACUAACCUCAUGUUCUGGUUUGUUUCCCAAUCGGGUACCCACAUCCACGCUUAGUAAGUACAUAAAACUCCAAAUUAUCUCAGGUUCCAGUAACUCAGAAUCUCUGCUCCGCCUACUCAUGACAUCCUUGUGACGCAUUUUGCGAGCCUUCCUUAGGCUUCAUCCGACAGUGCUGAUUUAGGAAUAAUCACUUUAAGAAUUUGUCCAAGUGCACCACUAAGUUUUGGUAUUUAAUUUCUGAAGAAAUGGUUUUAUAGGAAUUCCUUAAAAGGCUCGGGGUAAUGGUAUCACACAAAAACACAAAGAGGAUGGGGAGUGCUUAAGAGGUAAAGGGAGUGAGAUUAAUCGGGCUGCAAGUAACCUAAGAACAUGUGGGGUCCCUCUACACCUCCCCUUAAACUAAGGAAAUGUAGACAAAUGGAAGGUAGCUGAGCCAAAAGUAAUAAGUAAAAAUAUGAACAACACCAAUAGAGUAAAUAACAUAGAAUAUGAAGAACUCUCUUAAGUAUGCUGCACUACAGUCUAUAAUAGUAGUCUUCAGUUAACAAAAGGAGAUGAUGGACUCAAAAAAACAUCAUGUGUCCACAAAUAAUGUUAAGUACACUGAGAGACUUUAGAGCUUUCAAGAAGCUCCUUUUUAUGUGAGUGACCAUUUUUAUUCUCAGUAUACUUACCAUUAUCCUUGGGUACUACAUUAUAAGGCUGCUUCUUCUUCAUCAUUUGUGUUUUUGGAUAAUGGAAUCAGUCUGAUGGGAGAGAUAGGGCAUUCCUUAAAGCAUUAACAGUCCUAGAGAAGUCCUGAAAAAGAGUGCUAGAGAUGCGAAUGUGAUACAGGCAAAGGUCAGUGGUAGAACAUAGGGAAAAAUAGCUAUCUUCUGACUAAAUACAUUGUGUGGACCUUGGGACAGUAAUGGAGGGCUCUGUAGGACAGAACUAAAAAGCUGCAUUUAAUCAUAAAUAAAAUAAGCAGCCCGUGAAAGAAAUGUCAAAGUGGACAGUUGUGAGAACAGAGGUGGGUGAAAAUAAUGUAGCAUAGAUUUGGAAUUGCAGGUAACCUGGGAAGGCCAAGACCAUUGGAGAACCAGUUGGAUUUAUCUAGAUGGGAACUGUUGUGGAAUAUUUACUUUGGUAGCAUCUUGACUUUGUACAAGCAAUGUUUUGAAGAAUGAAGGUUUUGAUUAUUGUUACAAUAAGAAAAAUUUCAAUUAUAUUUGGGUUGACCAAGUCAAGAUUUUUUUCUAUGCUUCUCUAUGUUACAACCUUUUAGAAUUGCUCACUGUUCUUCCCUAUUAGUGCCCUGCUCAUACAGUGUAACAGAAUACCAAAAAUGGCAUCUGUCCUUGUGUUUGGUUUAUAUAUGCUAUAUUUUUAUUUAUUUUUUACAUUUACUGGUCAAAUUACAAUUUGACAUGGGAUGCUUUUGGAGUUUAGGUAUAAUAUUCAUCUAAGGCACAAUACAGAAUUAUUAGCAUUAGGAAAUAUGUCAGAUACGUUUUUGUUGGUUUUUAAAUAUAUCUUUCUUAAUUAAAUCCCUCAGGUCCAUGGAGUCAAACAGUUGAGAACCAAUUGGGAAUAACACUUCUUACACAACACUGAGAGACAAAAUGUCCAGACUGAUGUACUUGCCAUUGUUUUUUGCAUGAAGAUGGCAGAAGGAAUGGUUUUAACGAGGCCACUCUUAAAAUCGGAAACGUUUAUGUUGAUUUUCUUGGGUAUUUUGUUAAGAACAUUUUGCUCCUGCUGUCCACCAUCUUGUAACUGUCCUGUUCAGGACAACGCUACUCUAUGCAGGCAACGUCUCUUGAGUUUAGUUCCUUCAGAGAUACCUCUGGCCUCUCAUUUCCUAGAUCUGAGUUACAACAGAAUACGUUCAGUUCAGCCCACAGUAUUUUCCCACCUUCAGGAUCUUCAAGAGUUGGACCUGAGUCACAAUCAGUUGACUAGGAUGGAGCCAGGAGUCUUCAGUGGAUUGCCCAGUUUGCGCAUCCUUUUGGUGCACCACAAUCAACUUAAGCUGUUGCCUUCAGGAGUGUUUGCAGGAAUACCAGAUCUGACAUGGCUUGAUGUCCGAGGAAACCAACUUGUCAUACUGCUGGACCAGACGUUUCAAGGGCUGCGAGAGCUUAGACACCUGGAGGCUGGGGACAACCCGUUGCUGUUUAUAUCUCCUGGUGCUUUUCUGGGAAUGCCCCAAUUACAGAGAUUAGGGCUGGAAGAAACCAAACUAGGCAGUGUUCCCACCAGGGCUCUGUCUGCUCUUCCCAAGCUCUCUGACUUAAGGCUGGGUGGAGUUAACAGUCCAAUCCUGCGCAAUCUUUCUUAUACAGGAUUGCCUUGGCUGCGUGUGCUAGAUAUGGACCACUGGCCCUCUCUAAAAAUACUUGAGCCACUCAGUCUAUCUGGAUUAAAUCUUACAUCCUUGUCACUAACGCGUUGCAAUCUGAGUUCAAUUCCAGAAGAAGCCUUAAGAAACCAGGUCUACCUACGGAGACUAGACCUCUCCAGAAACCCAAUCUCUGACCUACAGGUCAAAGGUCUAAGAGCACUGAAAAAGUUGGAGGAACUUCGAUUGUCUGGAGGGAGGCUGAUCUCCAUAUCUUCAGGCACAUUUCAUGGUCUGGACCGCCUACGGAUACUUGAUCUGUCAGACAAUCCACUCCACUGGAUAUCAGAGCAUGCUUUGCCACCUUCUUCAGGUUCUCUGGAGACUCUGCUGCUUUCUGGAACCAAACUCUCUUGUGACUGUCGACUCUGUUGGAUACUAAGUCGCAAACUUCACUUUGGCGGGAGACCUCCUGUCUGUGCAGCCCCUGACUUAUUACAGGGAAUGGUGAUCCCUGACCAUCCUGAGCUCCUCUGCCCAGAACUCUUUACGUGCCAACCUCCUAGAAUUGUGGAACCUGAACCAGGGGAGCUAAAAGUGCAGGAAGGUGACAGGCUUAUUAUCAGUUGUCAAAGCAAAGGGAUCCCAGAACCUUUCACCUACUGGGUGUUGCCACAAAAACUUUCCUCGUACAAAUCAAAUUUGGAAACAGUGGAGCAAGUUAUUGACUCUGAGACUGAAACAACACCAGAUUCUAGAAUGGCAACACCAAAAUCAGUGCCAGGGAUUGAAAGAGUUACAGUACUUCCUGGGGGCUCACUCCAGUUCCAGACAGUACACAUGUCAGACUCUGGAGCAUACCUGUGUCGGGCCAGCAAUGUCGCUGGCAAUGACUCCUUGUGGUUGCACCUAGAGGUCACCCCUUUCAAUGGAAGCACAGUACAGCCCUCUUUUCCGUUGUUACACAGCCAUCUCCUAGUGGUCAUUACGGCAGGGGGCCUCCUGCCUUUCAUUAUUUCUGUCACAAUUUGUUUCAUUUUCAUGCUCAUCUGGAGCAGGGGCCAUGGAAAUAUCAAACACACUGCAAACAUAGACUUUGUACCAAGAACAUCACGAGGAACAACAGAGACAGAAGACAAUAAAUUCACAAUGAAACUAAUUUGAGAAAUAAAGGGGCAGUAAAGAAAGGUUAAAUUACUCCAUGCACUCUCUAACCCCAAAAUGCAUAAAAAUGUUUUAAAAUAAAGAAUGCUAAUUAUGAUAUAGAGUACAAUCAAUUGGUUGGAUUACACUUAGAGAAUUCUCAUUGAUCUGAAGGACAGCACAUUUCAAACAAAUAUGUGAUUAAAACAACAACAUAUUAAACCAUGCACUGUGAAUGUUUACAUGGUGUGUUUAAUAAAAACAUGGCAACAUUUCAUUCUUUGUGUGUUGUUAGUUUAAGCAGACUGUGAUUGUCUAUUGUUGUGACUUAGAUGAUCAGAUCACAUUUUAUGACCAAUUUGUGCAGAAAUCGAUAUCAUUCCAAAGGGUUCACAUACUUUUUCUUGCAACUGUAUAGCAGUCUGUAUGAGUGUGAUACUGAAUUAUAAAGCAGUCUGUAUGAGUGUGAUACUGAAUUAUAUAGCAGUCUGUAUGAGUGUGAUAUUGAAUUAUAUAGCAG